AUCAUUUAGUUUUCAUUUAGUUUAUUAAGCAAAAAAUAUUUAUUGCAGUAGAAACCGUUACUUUGAUUAAAAGUAAUCAAUCUCAAGCAUAGAUUUUACUAUCUAUGUUUUACUCAAUUUAUAAAUAAAUAAGAUAAUCAGUUAGACAAAAUUACAUUUUAUCUAUCAAUUUGCAACGACAACAGAUAAUAAAAAAACAGUAACCAGCUAAUUUAUUGCAUUUUAUAUUUUGAAAGAUGUCUCAAAAUAGAAAAAUUACAUAAUACAAUACACACAUUUCGCAAUAUUACAACGAAAUAGACAAAGUUGAUUUAAAUAAAUACGAUAAAGACUUGACUAAUGAUUUUAAGAUAUGAUUUCAAAUCACGUAUAAACACCUCACUGAUUAGGUCUAAUUCAGACUGCAAGUAGUGAGAACACGUUCAACAUCCUUUUAGUUGGAGGUAAUUUGAUUGAAGUUUUCAUAGAAUUACACGAACACGUUCUGUUAAAUUAGCCAUAAUUUGGAUUAACGCAUAAUUAGACAAGUAAGUACAUUUUUUGUUUUAUUGUCUCUGCGAUUGAAAAUUAAUUAGGAUUUAAACAGACAGUUUAUUUAAUUUUUUUAAACAAAAGCGAAAACUUUAUUUUUCAUAGUCAUCGGCACAAGAAGGAUAUGCCACGUAAUUAUGCAACGCUUGCCAAUAAUGGCAGUGUAAAUAUUUGCAAGUUAACAAGAGUCAAUUUGGUGACAUCGGCUAUUAAUUAAUAAUUACUUAUGGCAAUUUUUCUCAUAAAAAUGAUUAAUGAAUGUACUUUUCCUCAAUAUUUCAUCGUUAGUAGACACAUCCUAUUUUUAUUUUUAUUAGAAAUGGGAGGCAUUAUAAGUUUGUAUAAUUACUACACUACAAGAACCGACGACCCUGACCCUCUCACCACCCUCACGUCUAGAGAAAUAUACCUAGUCCAGUCCUCCUGGGGUCCUAUUAAAAAAGAUUUAACGGGUUAUGGGGUCCAACUUCUCCUUUUUCUUUUUAAAAAAUUUCCGGAGGAACACCAAAAUUUCCCGUUUCGGUAUAUACCGUAUGAAGAGCUCGGCGCUAGUAAAAAGUUCCACGCCCAUUGCAGUAACGUAAUGUAUGCAGUUGAUUCCAUUAUUGAUAGUUUGAAAGACGGUGAAUUGUUGGUGAAUAUUUUGGAAAAAAUCGGGAGGAAUCAUCACAGAAAUACAGUCAAACCGAUCUCGUUUUGGCACGUCAAAGAAACUAUGCUAGAGUUUUUUAAAAAAACGAUGAAUGACGAGACAUUGAAAGCUUGGGACAAGGCACUGCAAGUUGCAUUUGGCGUGGUUGCCAAGGAAUUGGACAAGAAGAAUUAGUUUUUGCUGUAUUGUAUUUUAUUAAGUAAAAAUCCCUCGUUAAAACUA